AUGGAUGAAGACUUCAAUAAUAUGCUCGAUUUGUAUCGCGAUAGUGAAACGACAACUACUCUUUUUGACUCUGUGUGGCCCCAAGAAUAUAUUUUGUCCGCGAACAACAACAAGAUGGCCGACAACAACGAUGAACGCGACAUUCAAGAUCUGUUCGAUGGUGUAACAAACCCGAAAGAUGAAAAUACAUCUUCGAGUUCAUGGGGCGAGGGACUGACUACCAGAGAUGUGAAAGAAAUAACCGACCGAGAUAUUGCAAACCUUCCGGUUCAAGAGCUGAAUAAACUGCUCCGGAGCGUUCCAAGGGAAGAAGCAGCAAGGAUAAGAAAACGACGACGAAACCUGAAAAAUCGGGGAUACUCCCUAAGCUGUCGGCUUCGAAAACAGCGAGAGCAGGAAGAUCUGAUCAACGAAAAUACCUCAUUGAAGAAGAAGAUGGAAGACGGAAAAUGGAAGCUACUUAACGUGUGGAAAGAAAAGGAGGCUUACAAGAGAAAAUAUCUGCAAUUGCAGAAAUGUUUUACUGUACGCAAUCUGCAAGUGGAAACUUCAUAG